UUCCUCCGUUCAAGAACUUUUUUUUUUUUUUGAACUUUACACUAAACUUACUUAAGAAAUAUCCGAUUAAAGAAUUUUUUUAAAAAAACAAAAAAAAGAAAAUAAAAUAAAAUCUUUUGCGUAAAUAAAAUAAUUAUUUAAAAAUGUCUACCGUUAACAAUCCAUCUAAUGAUAAUCCUAACUCAGCUGCUUCACGUUUAGAGAUUCAAAAGCGUCUUCAACAACGGUUGAAAACUAGAACGGAUACUACAAGCAGACCAACACCAAGAACGUAUCAACAACUUCCCAAUUUUCUACAACAAGUUCUUCCUGAUAAUUACACGUAUAUUAUUAAAUCUUAUAAAGAAUUAGAGCUUGAAACUUUCCCAGGAGCUCCUACAGCCGCAUUUGAUUCAACAUUUUACGUAAAUAUCGCAUCAAGUGAAGCAAUCGAAGAAUGGCGUACAGCAUUUCAUAACAAAACAGGAACCAUAUUUCGUAUCACUAGAGCAGAUAAAGUAAAAGGCAUUAAAGUUAUAUAUCAUAAAGAUUUUCAUUGUAGGCACGCUGAUAUUGCCGCUAUAAAAUAUAUGCAAAAAACUUAUGCUCAGAAAGCUGGUCAACGAAGAAGUCGAAAUACAAAUUGUCAGUGUUUAGCUAAAAUUCGAUUGGAAAAAAGUAGACUUCAACUUUCACAUCCAUGUGAAAUUCAUCUUGUUUAUAAUCAUAAUCAUCCUUUAGAAACGUUUAAUCUCACAACACCCGCCACUCCAGCCACUCCUUCGAUUGGAGGCGGAUCGUCCGGAAGUGAUGAUAGCGGAAAAAGCACACCACAACAUAAUUUUGAUUUUGAUUCAUCGACAAAAUGCGAGGUUGAUAUUUUGAAAGGGAACGAUACAGAAUAUUGUAAAGGAAUAAUUAAAUUUAUGGAAAAUCACCGAAGAGCGAGGGCUCUUUCCCUUUCUCACGCUACGUCUUUUCUUGAUCAAUUCUCUUGGCCUGAACCUCCUAAUAUACAUCAACACGGUCACCAGAUUCAAAAUUUUGGAAAUUCUCAAUUUAUAACAUAUCCUUAUCAUCAACAACCGCAAUUUACAAGUGUACCGGUUCAAUUCUCCGGUAUUGCAAGUGAACAAUUUUUACCUCAACAACUUACAACAAUGAAUACAACUAAUUUUGAUACUGGUAUAAGACCAUCUCUUAAACGUGCCGCUACUGAUCAACCGACGCCACGAGACAUUGAUCCACAACAUUUGUUGCGCAAAAGAAGAUCAACAAGUGCAAAAAUGAGACCGAAUGAUUUAAUUAUGAAUUUAUCUCAACAUAUGUAAAUAUUGCAAAUAUAUAUAUAUAAAUAUAAAUAAGAUUUUUUUUUCAUAUUUUUUCAUAAAAAUAAAAGUAUAUAUACAGCAAACAAAAAAAAAAUUCUAUGCAAAGAAAAAUCUGUAGAGUUGUAACUACAAUAUAAAUAAAUAAAAAAAAUAAAAAAAA